GUAUGCUGAUGUACGACAGAUAAGGUUGUGUCACACAUAUCAUAUUUCCGUCUCUGUGACUUCCUGAUUUCUUUCUCUUGCUUAUGAGAUUUUGCUGUGUCUCGCUCUGUUUCCUGUACCUGUCUGAACUGAAACAUCCGUGAACACUGCAUCCAUCUUCACGCCCAUCCACUCGUAAAAAAUCUAAUCAGUGUGCGGGGUGGAGCAACAAGGAGGUGUGUAUGUGAACAGGAAUCAUUUGAAAGAUUCUCACUUUUCUCCCUCCACUGUGAGUGUCACCACAUCUAGACCUCUUUUUCCAUGCUGCACUGAUACUCCAACAGAGCACAGAUGUCAAACGCAACAAGCGGAGUGCUCCUCUGCCCCCUGCUGCAAGACAUGCGGAAUCACAGCCUCAACAGUAACAGCCAGGCCAAUAUGGUGGUGGUUUGCAUCCACGGUCUGUUAUCCUGCCUGGGGAUUCUGGAGAACGCUCUGAUCCUCUGGGUGGUUGGCUUCCGCCUUCAGCACAGCACCGUCACCGCCGUCUGGGUGCUCAACCUAGCCCUGUCUGACUUCCUAGCCACCCUGACCCUCCCCCUCUUCACUUCUUACCUCUACCACCUCCACAGCUGGGAGCUCGGCAACGCACUCUGCAUGACACAGGCUUCCAUCUUCUUCAUAAACAUGUUUGUGUCAGCCUUCCUGCUGGCCGCAAUUUCACUUGACCGCUUGCUUCUUGUAGUCAAGCCAGUGUGGAGCCAGAAUCAUCGGUCAGUGGCAGGAGCAUGGAAGGUGUGUGGAUUAGGUUGGCUAUGGGCUGCACUGAAUACAAUACCUUACACCGUGUUCCGCUCAGUAACUGAGAAACAGGGUGGGGGGAAUUUGUGCUAUCAUAAUUUUGCUUUGAUUUUAUCCUCUCGAGCCACUUUGGAGAGAGACUGCGAAGUGAGACAGGCAGCAACAGCCAUCUCCAAGUUGCUGCUGGCAUUCCUCUUUCCCUUGGUGGUGAUUGCAGGGAGUUAUGUCCAAAUAGGUCUCAGCCUGAGGAGCAGGAGCAUGAGCAGGAGGAGGAAGCAGAGCACCACCAGACUAACUGAUGCACUGAUCAUGUCAAACAAAGGCCGAGCAUCAGGAGCUACAAACACAACAACUAACAUCAUCCUCAAGCCUCCGUCCUCCAGUCCAACUUUAGCUUCGACGCCAACUACCAUGUCCGCCACCAUCUCGAAUCAGACCAAUCUGGGCCAGCUGUCCCAGAGCUUCAUCAAAAUGGUGACAUUUGUGAUCACUGCAUUUGCACUGUGCUGGGCUCCCUAUCACAUCUUCUGCAUCGUCGAGCUGACGGCACAUUACUGGAGGAACAAUCUCAAAGUGGUGGAGGUGGGCCUUCCCCUCGCUACAACCAUCGCAUUCUUGAAUCCGGUGUUGAACCCCAUUCUGUACGCCUUCAGCUGUCCACACUUCUGCGUGAAAAUACGACAGAGUCUAGGAGCAGUGUUUGACGGACUGGUAGAAGAGGAUGGAGGGUUCCUAGUCGCUCAAGGGAAGAGCAUAAGAGCUCAUAUAAGGCGGAGAAGCAGUCGAGAUGUGAGCCCUGCGACACCAGGGUCAUCAAAGGGGUCAUCAUCACCCUGUAAAUCACCUGUCAUCCGACCUGCCUUCCCUCUGCCUUUGGCCUCUGAAAACCUUGAAGAUCAUCAAAUGGACAAAACAGGACAAGAAUCAAAAAUUAUGAUGGAGCAAAGCUGAGGUCCCACUUGUUUUUGAUUUUAUAUGUGUGUUAAUGGUAUGAUAGAUGUAUCCUAAUUCAUGACACAUACGUCUUAGUUUACAUGUAAGCCUAAUUCAGUCGAAGGACUUGGACAUAUUGCAUAAAAACUGAGGCUGCCGCAAAAUGUACUAAGGAAAGGAGUCAGCAGGAAGGUUUGGUUGACUACCUUUAGCCUUGCUGGCGACAUGGCUCUACAUCUACAGAUAGCAUUGUCGAUCUGGGUCCAGUCUAAAUAUCUGAUCAACUACAGGAUGGAUUCCUGUGAAGUUUUGUACGGACAUUUGUGCUGCUGAGAGGAAGAAUCCUUUUGUGAUUCUUUGACUUUUUCUCUCUGGCAACCAUAAGGCUGAUAUGUCUGGUGACAUUCGAGAGAAAAAAAUAUUACGUGGCCACAAAAUAAUUACGCAUGCAUGGGGACGAGAUAAUAAAUCAUCCAAGGCAUCCAAGAGCCCCUUAUAGAGGCUACAUCAUGUGAUAAGAUGCAUCCAAGAGGCUUCUUCAGUUUAAUUAGCCAGGGCUUGUUAGUAAAGAACAGAUUCAUAGUCAUUUAAAUUAUUCCCACAACUAAAUAACUUGUGGCCGUGACUUAUUUAUCUAGUUCGCAAGCGUUAUAAUUUCGUGGCCACGUAAUAUUUUUUUAGGAUGACACUGUUGGUUAUAUUGAAAUAUCUCGUAAACUGUGUCAAAUCCUGUGAAAUUAGGUACAAGCAUUCCAAAGAAACGGUUAAAGAAAUCCUAACAGGACUGCAGAGGAACAAAGGAAGAAAACAACAAUACAUUCCUCCUGCUCUAAAUUAUGUUUAUUUAAAAGUCAUUUUUGCAAAUUCUUAUGUAGUUUUACCUAUUUUGGCCCCUUUAGUGUAUUCAACUGAAAUGAGAAAUAAACACGAGUACCCAGUGCUUAUGGAAAAUCCACUGUUGUAAAUUGAGUGCCCAUGCUAUGCCCAUUCUGGCCAUCAGAGAGCAGUAUAGCCCUGAUUGCUUAAACAGACAUGAAAUUAUAUGGUAGGAUUAUGCUUUUCAGGUCCUGUAAUCCAGGAGCUUCUAAAUCUGAACAGCCUAACGUCAGGCCACCUUUCUGAGUGAUUGGAUUUCAUCAUGUCUGAUAUUCAUUUUGAUUGACUGUCUCACUGCCGCCGCCACAAUCGUCUGGUUCCAUCAGACUCAAUUGGAAACAUGCAGCCACACAGGCCGAGGUGUAAUUUAGGCCACAGUAGCAACAGGAUUGCCAUGGAGGUAGUUGUAAUUUGGUGAGAAUAUCGGAGGGAAGAUCCAGAAUAUAAACACAGUGCAGGAUUAAACCUAAACGGGUCAGACUGACAUACAAAGUUCCACUUCCCUCUCAAUCAUUCAGUUCCAACAGAUUAUCUUUCUCUGUCUCUCUCUCUCUCUCUCUCUUUUCAUACUUUUUUGCUCAGUCUACAGCAAACGCCAGAGAAAGGGGAGGAGAAAAUACUGAAAAAUAACAUACAUUUAAUUGAUGUGUUUGAAAUGUGUUCGAUGUGAAACAUGUGCAUUGCAGAACAAGACUGUAAUGAAAAUGUAUGUAGAGGCACAGGAUCAGCUGGUGGCUCAUUGGUCAAUUUGCCAGUUUUGAUAAACAAAGAAUAAACUGCAUUUUACAGGGUUGAACAUCAUCUCAAUGAUCUGCACAACUUCAUAAUAAAAGUAUAACUCAAAUUCA